UUCGAAUCAGAAUUGAACAAGCAAGCAAAGUAUUAACAACUCUUUGAGAGAUUGUAACAAACAAACGUGAAAGUGUUUUUAACACAAAGUGAUAUAAAUAAAUUAUUUUAAAAGUUCUACAAAGUAUAAUACUAAAAAGUUUAUAGUGAAAUAUAAGUACAAGAAAAACACAAGUCAAAAUGGUAGCAAUCGGUAUUGAUUUGGGAACAACAUACUCCUGUGUUGGUGUCUUCCAACAUGGCAAAGUGGAGAUUAUCGCCAAUGACCAAGGCAACCGCACAACACCCAGUUACGUUGCCUUCACAGAUUCAGAACGACUCAUUGGCGAUGCGGCGAAAAACCAGGUUGCCAUGAAUCCAAAGAACACAGUAUUCGACGCCAAGCGAUUGAUUGGACGCAAGUAUGACGAUCCGAAGAUCAUGGAGGAUGUCAAACAUUGGCCUUUUAAAGUGGUGAGCGAUGGUGGCAAGCCAAAGAUCUCUGUCGAGUACAAAGGUGAGAACAAACGCUUUGCGCCAGAAGAAAUCUCAUCAAUGGUGUUGACAAAGAUGAAGGAGACCGCUGAGGCAUACCUGGGCACAACAGUAUCAGACGCCGUCAUCACAGUACCAGCAUACUUCAAUGAUUCACAAAGACAGGCGACUAAGGAUGCUGGUCGUAUUGCUGGUUUGAAUGUGCUACGAAUCAUUAACGAACCUACAGCAGCCGCCCUGGCCUACGGUCUGGACAAGAAUUUGAAAGGUGAACGUAAUGUUUUGAUCUUCGAUUUGGGCGGUGGUACUUUUGAUGUAUCCAUCUUGACCAUUGACGAGGGUUCAUUGUUCGAAGUGCGUGCCACCGCUGGUGACACACAUCUUGGUGGUGAAGAUUUUGACAACCGACUGGUCAACCACUUGGCUGAAGAGUUCAAACGAAAGUACAAAAAAGAUCUGCGUUCGAAUCCAAGAGCAUUACGUCGUCUACGAACAGCAGCCGAACGUGCGAAGCGUACCUUAUCAUCGAGCACCGAAGCCACCAUUGAAAUCGAUGCACUAUAUGAAGGAGUAGACUUCUACACAAAAGUGUCACGAGCUCGCUUUGAAGAAUUGUGUGCCGAUCUAUUCCGUCAGACCUUGGACCCUGUAGAUAAGGCGUUGAAUGACGCGAAGAUGGACAAGAAUCAGAUACACGAUAUUGUAUUGGUUGGUGGUUCCACACGUAUUCCAAAGGUGCAGAGCCUACUACAGUCGUUCUUCUGUGGAAAGAGUCUGAAUCUUUCAAUCAACCCGGAUGAGGCUGUGGCAUAUGGUGCAGCCGUCCAAGCUGCUAUUCUAAGUGGUGACAAGAGCAGUGAAAUCCAAGAUGUGCUAUUGGUCGAUGUAGCUCCAUUGUCCUUGGGUAUCGAAACAGCUGGUGGUGUAAUGGCGAAAAUCAUUGAACGCAAUUGCCGAAUACCAUGCAAACAAACUCAAACAUUCUCAACAUACUCAGACAACCAAAGUGGUGUUACAAUCCAGGUGUAUGAGGGUGAACGUGUGAUGACCAAAGACAACAAUCGCUUGGGUACGUUCGAUUUAUCGGGCAUACCACCAGCUCCACGCGGAGUACCACAGAUUGAGGUUACCUUUGAUCUUGACGCCAAUGGCAUUCUGAAUGUAUCGGCGAAGGAGUUGAGUUUAGGAAAUGCCAAGAACAUCACCAUCAAGAACGACAAAGGACGUCUAUCACAAGCCGAAAUCGAUCGUAUGGUGAACGAGGCGGAACGUUAUGCCGAAGAAGACGAACGACAACGCAAUAAGAUCGCGGCUAGAAAUAACUUGGAGAGUUAUGUAUUUGGUGUGAAACAAGCGCUGGACGGCGCUGGUGAUAAAUUGAAUGCUCAGGAGAAGAGCGAAGCAUUAAAGGCUUGUGACGACACAAUCAAAUGGCUCGAUGCCAACACAUUGGCCGACAAGGAAGAGUACGAAGACAAAAUGAACACACUAACCAAACUUUGCUCACCAAUCAUGACAAAACUACAUAGUGGUGGUGCACAAGGAGCGUCUUGCGGUCAACAAGCGGGCGGAUUCAAUGGUGGUCAUACUGGGCCCACUGUUGAAGAAGUAGAUUAAACUAAUUUAUUGUUACAAAAGUAGUGUUAAGUUGUAUUUGUAUUGCUAUAUGCAUCGCUUAUUUUUGUGGUGAAUCCCCUUUCGAUGUUCCGUUUCGAACUCGUAAUUCUGUAAUCUUUCGAUCCAUCGUGCAAUUUGGCCUUCCGGAUUCUUAAACUGUAAUAACCAUUUUAAUGCUGCAUGAUCAGUCCUCAGCAAGAAUCGUUGUCCAUACAAAUACUUGUGGAAAUGUUUUACACAUUCCACCACAGCUAGUAGUUCUUUUCGCGUCACACAGUAGUUUUUCUCUGGUUUCCCGAGCACUCUGCUGUAAUACCCAAUUACUCUUUCUUGUCCGUCGAUGAGCUGAGACAGGACACCUCCAAUUCCAUAAGCGCUCGCAUCUGUAUCCAGGAUGAAUUUCUUUCCAGGUAUUGGAUAAGCUAACAUCGGCGCCGUACAAAGUAGUUCUUUAAGCUGCUCAAACGCUUUUUCUUGUUCCAACUGCCAUACAAACGGGCGAUUCUUCUUUGUUAAAUCAUGUAAACUUCUAGCCACGUUCGCAAAUCUAGGUACAAAACGGCGGUAAUACGUGCAUAAGCUGAGGAAGCUGCGGAGUUCAUGUAUGUUGGUGGGUUGAGGCCAAUCUUUAACUGCUUUUAUUUUUCCCUCCUCGGUGUGAAUCCCCUCAGUUGACACUUUAUGUCCGAGAUAUGUGACCUGCUUCUUCCAUAAUGAACACUUUUUGGGAUUCAAGCGUAAUCCGGCUGAUGCUAUUCGCUGAAAGACUUCCUCUAGAUUUUUCAGAUGAUCAUCGAAACUUUUUCCCAUGAUGAUAAUGUCAUCAAGAUACACCAAACAUGUCAUGUCUUCCAGUUGAGUCCUUUUAACACAUGUUCCAUCAAUCGCUCGAACGUUGCAGGCGCAUUACAUAACCCAAAUGGCAUCACAGAGAAUUCCCAUAGCCCGUCGCCCAUACUGAAAGCGGUCUUUUCACGGUCACGUUCAUCAAUCUCGACUUGCCAAUAUCCACUUUGUAGAUCUAAUGUAGAAAACCAUUUCGCUCCAGACAAGAUGUCUAAUGUAUCGUCGAUUCUCGGUAGAGGAUAACUGUCUUUCUUUGUGACAUCAUUCAACUUCCUAUAAUCUACGCAGAAACGGGUGCUACCAUCUUUCUUUUUAACUAAGACGAUAGGUGAGCUCCAUGGACUUAUUGAGGGUUCGAUUGCACCGUUUUUGUGCAUGUCUUCAAUAAUUUUGUUAGCAUCCUCACGUUUUGCUAGUGGAACCCUACGCGGAGCUUGUCGAAUUGGUUUAGCGUCUCCGGUAUUUAUGCGAUGUUUGAGAAUGCCGGUUCUUCCUGUGUUGUUUCCUUCAUUUGCAAAUAUGGAUGCGUAUUUUCCUAAUAGUUUUUCUGCUUUUAAUUUUUCAUUUCCAUGCAGUUCGUUCAGCAAAUUGUUUAGGAGUGUAGGACUUAUCUGCUAUGGCUCAAUAGUAGGCUUCUGUUGUGACCGUUCGCAUCGUGCUAUUGCAUUUAUAUUCUGGCACUGUCCACUUACUGCUCCUUUCUUCAGCCUUAUAGGCGUGUUGAAUUCAUUCACUACUCUGACCGGAAUGGUGGCGUCUUCUCUAGUUUUCACAAGCGUUCUUCCUACCAAUAUGGGUGUAUCUAUUUUUGUUGGUUCCACAAUCCAAUUCUUCAGUCCCACCUCCUCCAUUCACUUUAGCCCAUACAAUCGCCUCAGAUUUUGGUGGAAUACUCUGAUUAUCAUCAACAAUCACCCUCUUACUUUCAACCUUGGUCACAUAUCCGGUGUUUAUAGGCAUCUCCAUGUUCUGGCAAAACAGCAUUUGCUUGUUUAAAUCCAAAGUAACCCCGUGAUCAAUCAUGAAAUUUACUCCCAUUAUAAUUUCAUCCGUGAUUUCUGCUACGAUGAAGGUGUGAUUAACUUCCAGGGUACUUCGCAAAACACUUUUCCCGCGACAGCUGCUUCCUCUCCGGUGGCCGUUCGAAGCUUGCAACCGACAACCGUUCCUCUUACCACAUCCGGUCGGAUAAUUGAAUGUGUGGCACCAGUAUCCAAAGUAAGCGUUGACAGUCGUCCAUUUACGAUACCGUUGAUAGUAAGAUUGUUGUCAUGGCGACCUAUUUGUGAUAUCGAGAUGGCGGGGCAAAUGUUUGUGGGAACCAGCUCACGCCCCUUUGAACUGUUCCGUUUUAGUUUAACGACUUGUGAGGUGUGGAUGCUCCGUCCUCCUUAUCUGUUGGUUGUUUCCGUUUUGAUGGGUUUACUUUUAUAUUGCAAUUUCGGGCAAAGUGACCCGCUUUUCCACAGUUGAAACAUCUUCCUGUUGUAUUUACUCGCGGUGCAGCAAUUGUCUUCAGAGUCUUCAAUAUUUCUUCCAUCAGCGCCGGUUGUUCCAUUUCAACUCUUUGUACUUUGUGUGCUGGUUUGCUUAGUAGGGAAGCUGUUUCCUGUGUGAGGGCGUGCGAAACCGUUUCAGCAAACGUUCUUUUUGGCAAUGCAUAUGUGGCGCGUUUGGUGUCCACAUCACGAAUUCCAUUUAUGAAACAUUGAAUUUUUACCCUCUCAAUGUAAUCCACAGGUGCAUCUGCAUUUGCCAAAUGAGCCAGUCGUUCUAUUUCAGUUGCGAACUCUUGCAAUGACUCGUUCAUCUUCUGACCCCUAUUUUGCAGUUCGAUCUGGUAUAUUUGUUUCCGGUGCUCACUACCAUAUCGUCUUUCUAUCGCACUCAUCAAUGCCUCAUAGUUGUCCCGUUCACAGUCUGGAAUAGUCUGAAGGAUUUCUGCCGCAGGUCCUUUCAAUGAUACAAACAAGGACGCCACUUUGUCCGCUGCAUUCCAGUUAUUGGCCAUUGCUGUCUUUUCAAACUGAAGUUUGAAAAUUUGAAAUGGAAUACUUCCAUCGAAUGUGGGUGGCUUCAAUCUUUGAUUAUUUGCUGAUGGUGCAGGGCCAUGUAGUUUCAGUUCUCGCACACUAUUACUUAGUUGAAGAAAUUCUGAUCUUAAAUUUUCUUCGUCAUUUUUUAUUGUGCUUAAUUCGUCUUCAAAUUUUGAAAAUUUCUCUUGCACUUGUGUAUUAUUUUCUGUAAUCUGUUGUGCCAAACGCUUUUCUAACUGCGUAUUAUUUUCAGUAAUUUGUUGUGUAAGGCGAGACUCUAACUGUGAUGUAUUUUCAGCUAUUUGCGUCAUUUGCUGCAGACGAUUUUCUGUUUGCACUACAUUUUCUGCUAUUUGCUUAAUAGCCACUAACAGCAUGUUCGUGUCUACACUUGAUGAUGUUCGUUGUUCUUCUACUUUUUCUUGUACCUUUGUAGAAGUUCCUGGCCCAUCAAAUUCGAACUCGUCUACAUUAAUUCCAUCCGCUUCCAUUGCUUCACGUAAUCGUGCCUGCAGAUCCGCCUUUUGCCCGCUUAUCGGCAAAUUACGCUCCUCCAGUUCCUUUUUUAAUUGCUGAAUUCUCAAUUCUGCGAAUUUAACCAUCUUGAAUUUGGAUUAUUUGACAAUCCCACUUCUGACGCCAAUUGUUACGAAUUUACUCCUUGCUAGUUUUACUUUACUGGUUUCGUAUCUUUGGAUUGACAAAUGAAACCAAAAGCCGUUUAAUUCACUUCAACAAAAUCUCUUUAUUUUAAAACUCGUCUACACUAUAUCAGUUUACUCUUAGCACUGGUUGAUUACGUUGGCGCUGCCACGGCUUAUAUAGCCACGCACUUCUCGCUGAUGCCGACGUGUCCUUCUAGAAUAUUGCGUCUGGAAAUUACCAGAACAUAAUGCUAUACGGCGCCAAAUGCAGCUAUUGCUUAGACAAGCAGACAGCCGUGGCGCCAGACUCAGCAAUUGUUUAAGUAGAUAAGCAGACGGCUGCGGCGCCAGAUGUCUAUUGUUUCGACAAGCAGACAGCCGCGGCGCCAGAUGUCUACAACAAGACAAAUGCUAUUCCAUAUACCUACAGCUAUUGUUCAUAAUAAGGGAUGCAUAUAGCAAUACAAAUACAACUUAAUACUACUUUUGUAACAUUAUUAUAGAAAAUGCACUUUUUUGAAAUGCAUAUUUUUAAGGAUUUUGUCUCAUAAUGUUAAAUAGUUUUUAGAUUAAUUUUGUUAAGAUAGACUGAAUUUAACGAAUUUUUAAGUUUUAUAAUUUCAUUUACUAUGUAAAUGGAGAAGUAUUAUUGAAAAUAUACAAA